AAUAUCAUUUUUCAAAUUUUCAUUUGUGCUCAUUUCACUAACAUGGCUAGAGGGAAGGUGAAACUUGCAUACAUAAUGAAUAACUCAACAAGGAGAGCAACAUUCCGAAAAAGGAGAAAUGGUAUUCUAAAGAAGAUCGAUGAACUUAGCACCCUUUGCGGGAUAGAUGCAUGUGCAAUCAUCUAUGGAGAAAACAAUCCUCAAGCAGAGGUUUGGCCAUCUAGGAUUGGAGUAAGAAGUGUAUUGUACAGGUUCAUGCGAUUGCCUGAACUCGAACGAAGCAGAAAAAUGGUAGAUUUGGAAGGCUUUUUGUCAGACAGCAUCGUAAAAGCCCGAGAACUGUUGAAAAAACAAAUCGAGGAAAAUCAGAAGAAAGAAAUGGCUUAUCUUAUUACUCAAUUUAUCCAUACCGGUGAAUAUAACAUGGAAAAUAUGAGUUUGACUAAGGUAACUAGCCUGGCAGCCUUUAUUGACAAGAGUCUGAAGGAAGUUGAGCAGAGAUUGGCUUCAACAGAUGUCCAUGACCAAGAGGUUGUUGCAAAUGGUGCUAGAGCUCUUAACGAAGGAGAUAUGCUGGCGAAUAUGGAUCAUGCUACUAACCAAGGUUUGGACAUGAACAAUAAUUAUGGUAUGCAUAGUGAUGAUCAAUUUUCUAUCAACUUCUCUGAGCUAGAAUUUAACGAUGCUAAUUUCAAUCCAAAUGGAUUUUGAUCUAAUUUGGAGUAUUUUGGUUAUAUUUCUAAGUUGCAUCUCUCAUGUUUCAAUUUGUUCUGACUUUUUGUCUUGAAAUUUUUGUGUUACAUUUGCUCACAAUGCAUGUUUGUUUUAAACAUGUACUAUUUUUUUUCUCUAUAUGUAAUAUUUAUUUUUAUAGUGUUGGUAUUCACCAAUGAAAUUGAAAUAGAUAGUUUAAUAAAUAUAGAUUAGAGUUUUUAAUAAUUUCAAAAA